CCCCCCCCCCCCCCCACCCCCCCCCCCCCCCACCCCCCCCCCCCCCCACCCCCCCCCCCCCCCACCCCCCCCCCCCCCCACCCCCCCCCCCCCCCACCCCCCCCCCCCCCCACCCCCCCCCCCCCCCACCCCCCCCCCCCCCCACCCCCCCCCCCCCCCACCCCCCCCCCCCCCCACCCCCCCCCCCCCCCACCCCCCCCCCCCCCCACCCCCCCCCCCCCCCACCCCCCCCCCCCCCCACCCCCCCCCCCCCCCACCCCCCCCCCCCCCCACCCCCCCCCCCCCCCACCCCCCCCCCCCCCCACCCCCCCCCCCCCCCACCCCCCCCCCCCCCCACCCCCCCCCCCCCCCACCCCCCCCCCCCCCCACCCCCCCCCCCCCCCACCCCCCCCCCCCCCCACCCCCCCCCCCCCCCACCCCCCCCCCCCCCCACCCCCCCCCCCCCCCACCCCCCCCCCCCCCCACCCCCCCCCCCCCCCACCCCCCCCCCCCCCCACCCCCCCCCCCCCCCACCCCCCCCCCCCCCCACCCCCCCCCCCCCCCACCCCCCCCCCCCCCCACCCCCCCCCCCCCCCACCCCCCCCCCCCCCCACCCCCCCCCCCCCCCACCCCCCCCCCCCCCCACCCCCCCCCCCCCCCACCCCCCCCCCCCCCCACCCCCCCCCCCCCCCACCCCCCCCCCCCCCCACCCCCCCCCCCCCCCACCCCCCCCCCCCCCCACCCCCCCCCCCCCCCACCCCCCCCCCCCCCCACCCCCCCCCCCCCCCACCCCCCCCCCCCCCCACCCCCCCCCCCCCCCACCCCCCCCCCCCCCCACCCCCCCCCCCCCCCACCCCCCCCCCCCCCCACCCCCCCCCCCCCCCACCCCCCCCCCCCCCCACCCCCCCCCCCCCCCACCCCCCCCCCCCCCCACCCCCCCCCCCCCCCACCCCCCCCCCCCCCCACCCCCCCCCCCCCCCACCCCCCCCCCCCCCCACCCCCCCCCCCCCCCACCCCCCCCCCCCCCCACCCCCCCCCCCCCCC